AUGGUGAGAUCUUGCUGGAAGCCUGCUGUGGAUGGGGAUGAUGGAGAUGGGAGUGGAAGUGGGAGUGGUGGGAGAGUGGAUGGAUUGUUAUGGUACAAAGAUUUAGGGAACCAUGUUUAUGGUGAAUUUUCAAUGGCUGUGAUUCAAGCUAAUACUUCUUUGGAGGAUAGAAGUGACUUUGAGUCUGGUCCUUUGAGUUUUAACCAUUUUGGUCCUCAAGGAACUUUUAUUGGUGUUUAUGAUGGUCAUGGUGGAGCUGAGGCUUCUCAAUUUGUCAAUGAUAAUCUUUUCUGCAAUCUCAAAAGGCUUGCAGCUGAAAAUGAAGGCUUAUCAGAAAAUGUUAUCGAAAGGGCAUUUUUGGCAACGGAAGAAAGUUUUCUAUCACUUGUGAAGAAACAGUGGCUAAGUAAGCCACAUAUUGCAUCAGCAGGAACAUGUUGUUUGGCUGGGAUAAUUUGCAAUGGAAUGAUAUAUAUUGCAAACUCCGGCGACUCAAGGGUGGUGUUAGGAAGAUUAGAGAGAGCAAGAAGGGAAACAUCAGCUAUACAAUUAUCUACAGAACAUAAUGUCAAUCUUGAAAGAGUGAGAGAUGAACUUAGAUCAAAGCAUCCUUUUGAUUCAGAAAUUGUGGUUCUGAGACACAAUGUUUGGCGCGUCAAAGGCCUCAUACAGGUUUCGCGAUCGAUCGGUGAUGCGUAUUUGAAGAAUGCUGAAUUCAAUAGGGAGCCUCUCCCAGCUAAGUUUAGGCUAGCUGAAACGUUUUUCAAGCCAAUUAUGACUUGUGAGCCAUCAAUUUCAUCUCACAAACUUCAUCCUGAUGACCAGUUUCUCAUAUUUGCUUCUGAUGGAUUAUGGGAGCAUCUUAGCAACCAAGAGGCUGUUCAUAUAGUCAGCAAUAAUGCACCUAAUGGAAUUGCAAGAAGACUUGUGAAAGCAGCACUUAGAGAAGCAGCUAAGAAGAGAGAGAUGAGACUAGCAGACCUACAAAAGAUUGAACCAGGAACAAGGAGACACUUUCAUGAUGAUAUAACAGUGAUUGUUGUGUUUCUAAAUCACAAAAUGAUUGAUAAUACCUCUCAUUGGGGCUCUCCUCUAUCAAUCAAGGGAGGUGGAUCUGCUGAUCAUUAA